UUUGGAGAGAGCGAGUGCAGCAAAAGGCAUCUCAGCUAUCUCGAUCCCUGUCUUUGGAAAGGAUAACACAGAAAAAGGCCAGCACCUGCCUCUCUUCCUUGCUCCAUUUUUGGGACGAACAGCUUGUUCCCAGUCGUUGGUGUUUUGCGAAGGGAGACAUCGUGGUCGAUUUGGGAAGAAAGAGGUGAACAAGGAACAAGAAGAAGAAGAAGAAGAAGAAGAAGAAGAAGAUGGUCUCUUUGGUGUCUCGGCAAGGAAGGCAGCUGCAGCGCUACACCAGCUGCGGGAAACGUCUUAUCGUCGGGUGCAUUCCCUACAAGGUCAAGAAGAUUGAUAGGAUAUGUGAACAUAACAUCAAUCAAGUCGUCGAGGUUCUUGUUGUCACCUCCCAGAAGACGAGAGAAGAAAUCAUGUUCCCGAAGGGAGGUUGGGAGGUUGAUGAGACGAUAACACAAGCAGCUCGUCGUGAGGCAUUUGAGGAAGCUGGAGUGCAAGGACUCGUAGAGGAUAGUCUUGGCAAAUGGAGAUACAAGAGCAAAAGCCAUGAUAAGAUUCAUGAGGCUGUCAUGUUCCCUUUGAAUGUUACGGAGGAGCUGUACUACUGGCCUGAGAAAUCUGUGCGAACUCGGAAAUGGAUCAACGUAGCAGAAGCAAUGGCGGAGUGCAACCAGUCGUGGAUGAAGGAAGCGUUGGAUCGACUGGUGAAACGGCUCUCGACUUCGAGCUUGGAGGAGGUGACAUCAACAUAGCUCGCCUCCUGCGACUGCAUUUGCAAUCAACUGUAGCUUCUUCCUGUAGAUAUAUUGGGCAGAUUACAAAGCAAAGAAAGGAAUAGGCAAAUAAAUUAUCAUUCUUUUAUUCUUGUAUCAUCAUUCUUGUAUUUGUCUAUGCCUGAAGUUAAUUAUAUUUUUAUGAGAAUUUUCCCUUCA